AUGCCUUGGGGAGUAAGCUAUCGGAAUUUCACGGUCACAGUACUAGCCUAUAAGGAUCUCGCGGUCAGCUCAGGGGCAAGCUCAUUUCAUGUAGUUGCUGGAACUUGCACACAGCCUGACUCAAUCACCGUCUUACUAUAUCUUUCCCGCUAUACCCGACAUAUAAAAAAAGCGUGGGCGACCUCGCAAACAGUAUGCGAGAGGAGAAAGCAAGGCAAGAUAUCAUCGCUAAAUGCGCUCGAAAACAGCUUUAGACCUCUAAAUCAACGCAUGGAGAUAUCCGAUUUCAAGUCUACAACGCCUAACCAAUAG